AGGUUCAAAAAAGUUGAGCAAAAAAGAUCAAAAUUAGACAAAUAUUUGUGGAUGGAGAUACUAUGAUAUAACUACUCCGGAAAUAGAGGAUUAGAAAAUUGAGGAAGUACAAGUUACGUAUUACAAAAGCCCCCAUUCGUGUUUAAUUACUCAUAUAUCAUCAAACUUACAAGUGUAACAAUAAAGAAAAAGUUGUUGCGAAACACGUUAUGUCUGUUUCCGAUACUCCCAAUAGCACCAGUCACGGCGGCGGCGGCCACCGGGAACACGACUGUGGGUCGUCGAAAAAGGUGAUAUUGAGGGAUGGAAGAACUCUGGCGUACAUAGAAAAAGGCGUUCCCAAAGAACGCUCCAAUUACAAAGUAAUCGUCGUUCACGGCUUUGACAGCUCCAAGGACAUGAACUUCGUCGCCCCCCACGAUUUGAUGGAGGAGCUGGGAGUGUAUGUGGUUCUAUUCGACAGAGCCGGGUACGGGGAGAGCGACCCGAACGAUAAACGGACGCAGAAGAGCGAAUCAUCGGACAUUGAGGAACUCGCGGAUCGGAUUGGGAUAGGACCGAAGUUCUAUGUGAUCAGUAACUCGAUGGGGUCAUACCCGACGUGGGGGUGCCUGAAACGGAUACCAGAGAGGCUGUUAGGGGUGGCGAUGGUGGUUCCGCCGGUGAACUACCAGUGGCCGUCGAUCCCGGACAUUCUCACCAAGAACGACGAAAGGAGGAAUGUGUACCGGGUAAUGCUCUGGAUUGGGAAAUACGCUCCCUGGUUCGGGCAUUGGUUCGCCGCCCGAAACCCGUCCAGAAAUGAUAGUAAUUAUAGCGAACGAGAUUGGGAGCUUAUUCGGGAUGCUCCCAAUGGCCAUCACUCCCCAACUGCGGAGAAGCUGAAGGACAAAAGCGUGUACAAGAACCUGAGUUCGGAUUUUGCGGCGGCGUUCUGCAAAUGGGACUUCGACCCGCUGGAGAUGAAAGACCCGUUCCCGGAGAAGAAAGGGAGCGUGCAGAUGUGGCAGGGUUGCCAAGACAAAUUCAUCAACGUGGAGUUGCAGAGGUACGUUGCAAGGAGGCUGCCAUGGAUUCGGUACUAUGAGGUCCCCGAUGCCGGACAUUGCCUCGUCUACGAUGGUGUCAUUUGUGAGGCCAUCUUUAGGGCCCUUUUGCUCGGAGAUGAUCCUUGCAAGUUUCGCCCUUAUUAGAAACACAACUCCUCCUAUCGUCCCACCAUAUAAUAAUAAAACAAAAUGGGCUUUAACUCUUUUUGUUUUCUUAAUAUGUAAUGUUGUGUUAUGUGAUGGAUUAUGAUUCCCAUGGCUUGUUCUCUUCCUUGUCGCAAUUCAAAUAUACCAAGCCAAACAAUCAGUUAAUCACCUAACACUCCUAAUAGGAAAAAAAGACAUUUGCCAGAAAUACACUUACAAAAAAUUAAAGCUAGGUUGUACAC